CCUAGGAAAACAUAUGGCUUCCGGUAUCACUGCAACAACAUUGACAGCCGCUUUCAUGGUAACAGACGAAUGAAUCAAAGUUCAAAGGCUCAUUCAUGACAUUAACUUACAUGUGCGGCAUCAAAUAUUGAUAAUGACAGACAGAAGACAACAAAAGUGAAUGAAUGAAGUAGGAGAGAUGAAACAGACUUGCAGGAUUUAAUGGUGCUGAAGAAAAAACAAGGAGAAAGUAAAGAAAAUGCAACUGAUUCAACAUUGAAAAAAAACGUUUAAGGAGGAAAUAGAAACACAUAGCAGCAGCCCAGGAGUCAGGUGAUGAACAAAAACAAGUCCACUGCAGCACUGAGAAGUCUUCCUCCACAGCCCGAGCACCGCUUCUCUCCAUCCUCCCCGUAAUCAUCCACCUGCGAGGCCGGUGAGUCAGUGGGACAUGUCGACCCUGCGCUUCGGGCAGCAUCUCAUCAAGGCCUCGGCUGUGUUCCUGCAGACGGAGCUGUCCUUCGCUCUGGUCAACAGGAAGCCUGUGGUGCCCGGACAUGUGCUGGUGUGUCCUCUGAGACCGGUGCAGCGCUUUCGGGAUCUUCAGCCAGAUGAAGUGGCAGAUUUAUUCAUCACCGCUCAGAGAGUUGCCAACAUGGUGGAGACGUACUUCAACGCCACCUCGCUCACAAUCGCCAUCCAGGACGGCCCUGAAGCAGGACAGACCGUGAAGCACGUCCACGUCCAUGUGCUGCCCAGGAAGGCAGGAGACUUUGAGCGGAAUGACAGCGUGUAUGAUGAGCUGCAGAAACAUGAUCGAGAAGAUGACAACAAUCCCUCUAAGUGGAGAUCAGAGGAGGAGAUGGCAGCAGAAGCUUCAGAUCUGAGGAAACAGCUUGAGAAGUCCUGAAGGGAUGAUGUUCAACAUGAGAUGGCAGGUUCAGCAGUGACUGGACCUGCCAUUAGUUUAAUAUUCAUUUAUAUCUGAUAUAUAUUCAUUUUCCUAAAUAAAUGCAAAUAAGCAAUAAAU